AACAAAGCAGUCCACGGACGGGAACACUGAUCAGAUGGAAGAUAGGAUAUCCAAUGUCAUGGCAAACUCAUCAAGGUGACAAGUUUUGUAAUUAAAUGGCGGGAAAAGUAUCGAUGCUGACUUGACAGUUAGCAUUAGGUGGCAAGCCGCACUUGAGACUCUGACAGUCAAAGAAAGACAACAAUUUGACGAUUUCAGAUUAGACAAGUUGGAGAUCCUUGAUGAGGUUCUUGCUGCUGUUGUAGAGAAAAAGGCCGAGUCACUCAGAAAGCGUUGGAAGUUCACACGAAAUGGCAAAACCUAUGUCAUCAAGGACUAUCUGGAGAAUAUAGUCACCUGGGUCGAUAAGUUCAAGCAUAUCGGAGACAUCGCGAUACAAUACGAUCCUGCACAUGCAGCACUUCCCUGGGCCGUCGUCCGAUUGUUUCCCCAGGCGACUGUCGACAAUGUGAAAACUUUCGGCAUUGUAUGCGAGAACAUGAGCCACAUCGCAAACAUCAUCAAGCGCUCUGCCGUCCUCGAAGAUCUGUAUCUUGGCCGGUGCCCUACCCAUCUCAUCGUCAGAACGCUUGUCGCGGACGGCUCAAUGGAUCGGGCGAGUGGCUACUGAAACACCGCGAAUUCAUCCACUGGCGAGGUAGCAGUUAUUCUUCGGUGUUUUGGCUGCAUGGCAUCCCGGGUUGCGGCAAGACUAAACUUUGCUCAAUGGUGAUUGAUGCCAUCAAAUCCGCAGAGCCAAUUGCGUAUUUCUACUGCACUCGCGAUUCCCGCGAGCUCCUGAGAGGGAAAUGUUCCGCAAUAACUCAGAGCCUUCUGAGGCAAACAGUCGCCUUGUGCCCGACAAACAUGAUUCCAGAGGCCGUGCGCAUCGCAUACAAAAACAUGAAAGACGAAGGAUUCGGGGAAAGAGAUCUAACAGAAGUCGAAUGUGGAGAUAUGUUAGUUGACGCUACGAAGACAUUUCCUUCUCUGACAAUUGUCAUUAAUGCUGUUGACGAGUGUGAUGAAGAUGAAAGAACUGCACUCAUCCAUCUUCUCAAACGCGUCAGGGACAAGUCAGAGAACCUUGUCAAGAUAUUCAUUUCCAGCCGAGACGACAUCGAUAUCAUGACUUCGCUAGCUGAUGCAGUUGACAAACGGAUACGAGCUGAUGACAACAUAGAUGAUAUCGGCCGGUUCGUUUAUCAUAAAGUGGGCGCACUCAUGGAUUUGAGAGACCUCAAGUACGGAAUUAGGAUGCAAGGGCUCCGUGAAGAAAUCAUCAACGUUUUGACUUCUAAAGCACAAGGAAUGUUCAGAUGGGUGGGUAUCCAGCUCGAGACUCUGAAGUGGAUAAAGUUGGAUGAGGAUUUGCGGACGCAAUUCGGCCAACUGCCUGACAAUCUCAACGACUCUUACCAGGAGAUUUACGACAGAAUCUCUUCAGCGGGCAAGAACGCCAAGCUCCUCUCUGAUAGUGUAUUUCAGUGGUUGAUGUACGGCAAAGAAACGAU